AUGGAAGUCAUACAGGAACAGGAAAGGGAAGAAGCCAGUGACAGGGAUUUUGAAGGAGAGAAUAUUGAGAAUUCGACUACCGGAAAAGAAAUAAGGAUUAGAAUUUCAAAAGUACCAGUGGUUGGAUCUGAUACACAGAGUAGUAGUGGAUGCGAUAAUCUCUUAAUUUACAAUAUUGAUUUUCCUUCUCAAGACAUUGAUUGGUCCAAGGUUCAGCAAAUGUACAUAAGAAAUCCGACCAAUGAGACAAAUAGUUUCUGUUUUAUCCUUACAAAUAAAUCAGACCUUUUCCUCAUGGGAAAUUUCUCAAAAUUAAAAACUACAAAUUUUAAAUAUUGCAGCGUUAUGCCUGAGAAUAUGUCAGGAGUAUGGAAAGGCAAGAUAAGCAACUUCAUAUGAAACUCUUCUUGCGCUUUACUCCUCUCCCAAGAUGGGAUGGUCUAUUCCUGGGGUGCAGAUAUCAACCAAACCGGAGUCCUGGGUAUUUCUAAAGGCAUUCAUGAUCAAUCAACUCCAUGUCCUCUCCACAAAUUGAUAGACUACUCUAUUAAAGAUAUCAAAAUGACUGAAAAUAAAGCUUGGGCAAUAGAUAGUAAAGGAAAACUAUUCAUCUGGGGUUCUUAUGACAUCACACAGCUCAACAGUUGGUCUAAUAUUAUCUCGAACAAAAUAAUAAUUCCUCAACCAAUAAUCGUCGAUGCACUGUUAAAAUAUUUUGUGGUGAAAGCAACCCCAUUUUCAUAUACAAAAUCUGAAGAAACCAGCCUUAAUAUUUGCUUCAAGGCAUAUUGUAAUAACUUUGAGGAAAAAUUAUUUGGAGUUGUCCUUGGCUACAACCCCAAAUGAAGCUCAAGCAGAAAAGAAGUAUUCCUCACAUCUUCAUCCUUUGUUGAAACGAGAUGCCGGCCGAAAUAUAAUGUUGACUUGGGUAAAGUAUCUUCAGAUAUGAAGUCCAAGACUGUGAUCUCUCCCAUAGAGCCAGUUCCGCAGAUAUAUAAUCGAAAGUUAUUGCUAAAGAAUAUUGAUGAAUAUAUUUUCAUCAAUAGCAGAAUGGUUGCUUUGUUGACUGUACCUGAAAAUGACCAGGAUUCUGAUAAUAAAUAUCCACAUUUACUUAUCUUGACAAUUCCAGAGAUUUUAUCAGAAGAAACGGAUCAAGAACCAGACUUCCUCCUCUAUGAAAUACCUUCGUCACUCCAUCUUGUUGAUCUUAAGAAGGCCAAAUUCUUAGCAAGUGGAGAAAAUCUCGUCUGCUUCUACGGAAGAGAUGUAAUCUAUUGGCAAAUCUGAGAAAAUAAUGAUGAAGAGAGGGGACUUUUAGUAAAUUAUGGUCAUUUAAAAUUCACCCAUCCAGUUCAAAAUCUUUGCCCAGAUGAGAUCCAAAACAUAAUAUACAUAUCUCCAUCAGAUAAUCCUAUGAGAGAUAGCACAAAGGAGAAUAGUCCCCUAAAUAACUCUACAAGUGAUUAUGAUAAAUCUCCGCAACUAAUUGAGAAAUUAUACAGAAGAUAUCUUGUUACCUAUUACCCACCUCUUUUUGAUGGUUACAGAUACGAAGAGGAGGAAUCUGAUAAUGAAAAAGAUGAUGUAGAGGUCAUAAUUGAAGAAGACACUGAUAAAUACUCUAAGCUCCCAGAAAUUUUGAGUAAUCUCUAUACUAAACGGACUAAAUUUGCCUAUGAAGCUAUAAAAUUUUACUCAGAAUCAAUCCUUAAAGUUACUCGAAAAUUGAUCACGCUCGAGAAUAUUCUUACUUUCUCUAAAGAUCAUUUACAAUCAACAGUCAACCAGACUAAUAAAUUCGGAAAAUCUAUGCAAAGAGCUGCGAUACAAAAAAUUCAAGAUUUCUCUAAAAAAGUACAUAGCUAUAGAAAUGGUUUCAAAAUCUUAAAAAGGCUCUCUCAAUACAGAGAAAAACAUCAAGUCAUUAAAUACUGGUACAGAUGGAAAUUGUCCUAUUUAAACAUCCCACGUGUUGACUCUUUCGAUAAGGUCAGUGAUAUCUCCUCUGUCAUCGGUGAAUCGAAGAGGAAAGUUAUCAGAUCUAACAAAUUCUCACGGGUCUCCAAGAAUCUUGAAAACUCUAGCUUCCAACAAUUAAAAGAAAAUUAUUUCGAAAGAAACUCAAGUCACGAAAGAAGGUUCAUCAAGAAAAAUAAGAAGAAGCCUAAUCUCUCAAUGUAUUUCUCAAAGGAGCCAAAGAGCACUUACAAGAACUUUUUAUCCAAUGCAUCUAUUAGUAAUGUUAAGACCAGGAAUGAACAACAAGAAAACUUUGACAAGUCCAUUGAUGCCAGCAAGAUAGAAGUUGAAGAGAUUGAAUGCAUCAUGGCGUCAGAUGACUCCAUAUUUAAUCACUUUAACCUGAUCCAAAAGCAAGUUGAGUCAAGCAAAUUGAAAGAAUCUAGAGGAUCAACAAAGCUUAAAAAGUCUAGAGAUCUGACUUACGAAUUUCAUCGUUCAUCUCAUGAGAAAGAAAACUACACUUUGAAUAACAAUAUCUCCAUCAUAGAUUCUAAAAAGUCUUCUGAUUGUAAUUCUGAUAAGAAGAAGUUAUACCUGAAGAACAGGAGAUUUGAGAGAAGACCUCAUUAUAUUACUAAUAGAUCGAAUAGUUCAUCAAAACAUUUCAAUAGUGCUGCCUUCUCACCAGCUGAAAAAUUCCCAGUCAUGGAUGAAUCGACGCAUUCAAGAGUUCCUGCUGGAUCUAGGCCAGAACGAAGGAGAUCUGGCAAUUAUUUCCAUAAUAGAAAUAUGUCUAACCCCAUGAACAAUGUGGUCACUUUAAACUACAAGACUACCUGUCCAAGCAAUGCAAAGGCUACAUCAAGAUUAUUGACUAACAAGAGAAAUAAUAGUGCUAUGGGCUCUUAUGCAGAGAGUAACCCUAAUCCAAAAAUAGCAAGCGUGAAAUCACCUUCUUCAAUAGAAUGAACAACUGAACACUCUAAAAAGAUUCAUGAUAUUAUGAAAAAUUAUAACGAAGAGAAAGCCAACUGAAAUUGAACAACCUGAACAUUCAUGCGAAGAGAUUUUAAAUCAGAAGAUUUUCACAGCAUAGACCUUAGUUGUAUCGAGAAGUCAAAUUCCAACAAUAAUUUGCUAGAUGAUCCUUCUCAGAUGUGAAAAUAUGUGAGGCUUCCAAUAAAAGAUGCUACAGAAAAGUUGGAUGAUAGUCCACUAAUGAUCAAGCUACUUACAGAAGAGUCCGAUAUAUCAAAUCCUCCCACUAUCGAGAAUCCGAGAGCUUUUCCCAUUCAGCAGAAGGCAGAUAUCAGAGAGACUGCAAAGUUUAGCAGUAUUUGUACGAAGAUUAAUAAUUUCUCACAAUUCCACAAGCACCAGCCUAUAAAACACAAAAAAAAGACAAUCAAAAGUUCUAAAAAUAUUCCCAAGCCUGCUGGGAUUUCAUCUGUUGCUAUCAGAAGGGAUAAUAUAAAGAGAAAUAAGAGAAGGAAUAUAUUCAAAUCAAGCAGCGUACAGAAGCUAAAGAAAUGAGAUCCUCCGGAUGCAGCUUGCCUCAGAUAAUAACAAAAAUUUUAAAGCUAUAAGUCAUUCAUAAAUUAUAUUUUAUUGCCAAAACUAUCUUCUAUUAUGGUACAACAUAGCUCAAUAGUAUCUCGUAUUAGCUGUAGAUCUCUCCUCCUCUUGUCUCUGAGAUGAAAGUAUCACUUUUCUAGCUGACUUGUAGUCUUGAUAAUCUCACGGUUGAGGCUCCCUGAAGUACGAAUAGUCGCUUCAAACUUUUUUAGCUUAUCAUUAUACUGCUUUAUUAGAAUCAUAUUCAUUCCUGGUUUAAGAAGGGUUUUCAUUGAUUUAAAGCAUGCUUUUCCUACACUUUUAGUCUUUGAAGUUUCAUUAUCUUGAGUAUCGUCAAAUAGAGGAGAAUUUCCUUCAAAUUUCAUUCCUGGAAUUAAAACAUCUUGGCUUUCUUCCUUCUCCCUCAAUGCUCCAACUUGCUUUGCUACUCUUAAAAGAGGAGCCAUGGAUUUAUAUUCAACCAAAUGAUGAUCUGAAAACUGUUUAUAAUGCUUUGCUAUUUCAUUAAUAGGCAUAAACAGCCAUCAUUUCUUUCAAAACUUGAUUCCCAUCUUAUAAUCAUAAUUUUGCUCGAGAAAAGCUCAAAAUGUUUGAUACAUCUCUUCAUCAUCAACUGUAUUUAGCCAUCUUGGUGAGUC